UUGUUUUUUCUUUUAGCUUGUCUAAAGCUAUUGAUCUCAUUUCUUCUUCGGCUUGGCAUAAAUCAGUUUGUUUGCUUGAAGAGUAAGGCUAUUUUUUACUUUUUGAUCCUAACCCCAAAAAUGGUGCUGAUUGAAACUCACCACGAUGAACAACAACAACAACAAGCCACGAAAGCGAUUCCCUCAUCAUCCGAGACGACUUCGGAUACGGUGGACGCCGCAUCAUCAAAUGUGGGUGGAGGAGAUGCUGCUUCCGAUGGAUUUGAAACAGCGAGCGAACGUGACGUCAGCGACAACGAAGAAGAAGACCACGCCCACGAUCAACAAUCAUCCGAACAGAAAGGUCCCGAUUCUUAUCAAGAUGCCUUGAACGACGACGAAUUGGAAGAGAAAGCUUUGGCACAAGCAAAUGAUGCAAAAAUGGAAGGAAAUAAAUUGUUUGGAAACGGCCACUACGAGGAGGCAUUGCUACAAUAUGGGAUUGCUUUGCAAGUUACGGAGGAGAUGCCUACUUCCGUUGAAAUUCGUUCCAUUUGUCAUUCGAAUCGCGGUGUUUGCUUUUUGAAGCUGGGGAAGUAUGAGGAAACCAUCAAGGAAUGUACGAAAGCAUUGGAACUUAAUCCUUCCUAUGUAAAGGCUCUUGUUAGACGAGGAGAAGCUCAUGAAAAGCUUCAACACUUUGAAGAGGCUAUCGCUGAUAUGACAAAGAUAUUGGAAUUGGAUCCUUCUAAUGAGCAGGCUAGGAAGGCCAUUCGACGCUUGGAACCACUGGCUGCAGAAAAACGAGAAAAGAUGAAAGAGGAGAUGAUUGGAAAGCUAAAAGAAUUGGGCAACUCUGUUCUGGGUCGAUUUGGGAUGAGUGUCGACAACUUCAAAGCUGUCAAAGAUCCAAACACUGGCUCAUAUUCUAUAUCAUUCCAACGUUAGUAUGGCCACUAGUCACUAGCAAUUUUUCUUUGUUGGUAAAUGCAUUGAAAAAAAAAAUGAAGGCAAGGCAGCAAUUAAAAGAUACAGGCUUGGGAAGUUGUUUUCUAUUCUGGAGCAGGAUAUUGUUUUGCAAGUAAAAGUGGAGCACUUCCUAGUUAGGGAAAACAAUACAUUUUUGCUUACUUGAUGCAAGAGUUGCAUUGAGAGGUCGGUCUAAAUGUUCGUCGCUUAUUUUGAUGUGUAAACCAACUGUCUGAACGUUUCUUGCUUGUGUUAGAAAUUACAUAUUACAUUUAUCUGGCUUGCUUUUCAAGUUGAGUUUCUUUAUUGGACAGGCCGCCUCAUAUACAUAUUCCAAUUAAUUGAAAGGAAAACCCAAUUUUAGUUC